AUGUCGUGCGCGACCGAAGUGAGAUUUCGAUUCUUGGACUUCUUGGUCAUAACAAGCGUGCGAAAUUCUAAUGUACAUUGCCACCAUCCCUGGUACAAAAUGGACGACCACACGUCCAUCGUGCUGGCGCUGCAGCUGGUGGCGCUGGCCUGCAUCGCCUGCGCCCUGCUGCUGUACCUGCUGCGGAGGAUCCGGCCGCAGCCCGCCGGCCUGCAGACCAAGGAGGCGCUCCACGCAGACCCUGAGGACGUGCUGACGGGCCGCGCGGCCGGGCGCUCCGUGCUCAUCACCUGCUGCGACACGGCCCUCGGCCUGCAGCUCGCCAUGCACCUCAGCAACGUGGGCUUCCGGGUGUUCGCCGGGCUGAGGAGUGACCCAGCCGCCGGCCAGGACGGCGCUGUCAACGCGGAGGCCACGGGUGAGCACGACUAGCAGGGCGCCGCGGAU